CUCGCGAGAUUCCCGCGCGGCAGGCGCCGGCAGCCAGCAUGGCGGACUCGCUGCUGCUGCAGACCAAGCGGGGGCUUGUCCGCUCCACGUGGAAACGAGCCCGCAAAGCCCGGCCCCAGCUCAUCCUCAGCCGCCGGCCUCGCCGCCGGCUCGGGACUCUGCUGCGCUGGUGCGGCCGAAGGCGCCUGCGGCGGAGGCUGCUGCAGGCCCAGGCGGCCGGCGCGAACUGGCGGGAGGGCAGUUGCCCGUUGUCGCGCGCAGCGGCGGCCCAGAGGCCCAAGACCGCAGCCCCCAGCCCGGCCCCUAGCCCGACCCCGGACGAGGACCCCGCCGAAGGUGGCUCCGCGACCCUCCCCAUCCCGCCGUUGCGGCCGGCCGGCCCGGGUCGCGCGUUGCUGCUGCUGCCGCUGGAGCAGGGUUUUACUUUUAGUGGGAUGUGUCGUGUGACUUGCCUUUAUGGCCAGGUGCAGGUGUUUGGUUUUACCAUUAGCCAAGGCCAGCCUUCCCAAGAUGUCUUCUCUACCUAUACCCACUCUCGCCUCACUAUCAAUGCAGUUCAUUAUUCGAUGCCUGAGAAAAGCAAGAAGGAGAUGAAAAGGGAAGCCCGAACUUUGCUCAGACCUCAUCUUAACCAGGAUGACAGAUGUUGGUUGAUGAAGAAUUUUUCUCCUCUGUGUUCAAUUGUGAUGCUAGAAAAUCUGAAAACCUCCACUGUAAACUUCAUAAUCAGCCAUCCGGGUUUAUCUUACAUUUUUGUACAAGAGAGUCCGACUUUCCAGAUUAACUCCGAGUAUUUUGCCUUGAGGUCUGUUGGCAUUAGAAAAGAGAAGAAAAAAAACGGCCUUCGUUUAACUGAGAGUGCCCUUUCAGCCCUGGAGGAGUUAGUCAACGUGUCUUGUGAAGAGGUAGAUGGCUGCCCUGUCAUUCUGGUCUGUGGGUCUCAGGAUGUCGGAAAGUCAACGUUUAAUCGCUACCUGAUUAACCAGUUGUUAAAUAGCAUUUCUUGUGUUGACUAUUUGGAAUGUGAUCUGGGACAGACAGAAUUUACUCCUCCGGGUUGCAUUUCUUUACUUAAUAUUACAGAGCCAAUUCUAGGACCACCUUUCACCCACCAGAGGACACCACAGAAAAUGGUGUAUUAUGGGAAAGCUGCUUGUAAAAACAACUACGAGAAUUACAUUGAGAUCAUAAAGUAUGUGUUCAGCUCCUACAGGAGAGAGUCCCCUCUUAUCGUCAACACGAUGGGCUGGGUGACAGACAAAGGGCUUUUGCUUCUCAUCGACCUGAUCCGAUUGCUGUCUCCCAGCCACGUCGUUCAGUUCAGUUCUGGCCGAAGUAAAUAUAUGCCAAACCUCACCCCCGACUACGUGGACGACAUGGACGGCUUGUACACAAAGAGCAAGUCCAAAGUCAGAAACAGAGGUUUCCAGCUGGCAGAAUUUGCAGAGAGUUUGGAAUUUGCUGAUGAAGACAAGGAGAGUCCGCUUAUGUUUACUGGACAUAAACUGAUGUGCGUCCAGUCGGACUUUGCGUUUAGAAAAACUCCAAGAAAUAGAGACUCGCAUAACAGAAUUCUUCGCGACUUGGCGGUGUUGGGUUACCUUGGCCAGCUGCAGCCCCCAGUGCCGAAACCACUUUGUCCCUUACAUGGUCUGACACCGUAUCAGGUCCCUUUCAAUGCAGUGGCGCUCCGAAUUCUUCACGCCGAUGUCGCCCCCACCCACAUACUAUAUGCUGUGAAUGCCAGCUGGGUCGGUCUUUGCAAGAUCCUGGAUGAUGUCCGAGGGUAUGCAGAUGGGCCCAUCCUGCUCGCUCAGACUCCAAUCUGCGAUUGUUUGGGGUUUGGGAUUUGUAGAGGGAUUGACAUGGAGAAGAGGCUCUACCACAUCCUCACUCCCGUGCCCCCGGAAGAGCUAAGAAACGUGAAUUGUCUGCUGGUCGGAGCCGUUUCCAUUCCACAGUGUGUCUUGAAGGGCCAGCGUGGGCUCGAAGGAACGAUACCUUACGUCACGACAGAUUAUAAUCUUAAACUUCCAGGAGCAUCAGAGAAAGUUGGAGCAAGAGAAACUGAGGCGACCUAUCAAGAGAGAUUACACCCAAAACCAAAAUUCUAUCGAAAAGUAAACUGAUGAUUUUAAUAAGGGAAGCAGCUUUUCCACCAGAAAGCUUGACUGUCUCCAGCCUGGUGUCAGCAGACCGAUGGGGUUUUGUGGCCGCGAAUGGUGCCCUUACGUAGCAAACAGUGUCCUGUGUCACUCGUGGCUGUGUUUAUAGUAAAUCUAAGUCCGUUCGUAAAGCCACGUGGCCCAGAGUUUUGCCCUGGUCUGCUAUAUUAGUCAUACUUGAUGUUUUCUAGAGAGAGGAAACCACAGAGGAAAGUUGUAAGCCAUUAAAACAGGAAGAAUACAGUCAGUUUCUCAGAGAAGUUCUUCAAGAACCUGAUUGAUGGAAUCUGGAUAAGAACAGGGAGACUGGGGCCACAAAAAUGUACCAAGGACAAAGGAAGGGUGGCCAGCGGGACUGCAAGCAUAGCAGGGCGUGGAGACGCACCUCGGUCCUCGCCCAGUGGUGGCAGACAGGCGGGAGACCCCAGCAGUGGCAUCUGUCUGCGAGGUGGUCACAGCCCUGGUGGUCGUUCUCAUCCCCUGAUCAUGUGAUGCUCUCUGAGUUCGUUUCCAUUCCUUCCUGUAGGUCGAGUGUUAAAAGAUCAUGUUUGGUCUUUAAAUUUAAUCAAGGUUUAAUGGAUGAAAAUUUGGACUCAAGAGCACUCCAUUUUUUUUUUUUAAUCCAGUAGUUUUAUGCUGAAAAAAAAAAGCUCUCAAAUCCAGGAACUCUCUCCUGGGCCCUCUUUAAAACAGUAUAUGUCCUAAUCGACUUCUCAGCUGAGAUUGAAGACACACCCUGGGCAGAGCUGGCACUAGGCCGUUUGGAAGAAGGACUGGAAGAAGGAGCAGCUCGUGAAAAAGGCCUGUUCUUGUCUUUGGGCGGCUGGACCUGAACUUGUACUGGGCCGUCUAGGCCUUUCUCCUAGGGCACAGGAGGCUGGUGGUGAUGCCAUCUCCCAGACGGCUUGGGGAAAAAUGACGGAGCACUGUCCUUCGUCUUCUCCCUGGUGGUGAUGACUCUGUGCCCUGCGAGGUUGGCAGUGAUUUUGGUGAAGAAGGACGACAAGCCUGGGUCACGUCAUUGCUGCGUUGAAGAUGGUGAGAGACUGACUGACCGAGGUGGCGGUUGGGACUGGCGGCGUGAAUUCCAGCUGCUUAGCAGAUCGCGAUGAAGGACAGUCAUUAGGAUGUGUGGGUUUAACAUCAAUGUUCAUUUAAAUCGUUGGUUUUCAUUGUCUUGACUCAGCAUCUUGUAGACCCCCAGACUUAGGGAUUCACACAGGAGCCCUCAUCAGCCUCCGGGCGAGUUUCCACACCCUACAGACCAUUUCAAGUCUGACUCCUCAGUCGCCUCUUAUUUAUAUGUAAAUUUUAUUUGGCGUGUUUCUAUCUUGGCCUCGCAAAGCGUUUUAACAGACAGUCCUCUGCCAUCAACUUUUUGCCUCCUUCCCCAGUACCUUGUAUCUUUGUAAUGAUAGUCACUGUAGGUCAUGAGCAGCAAGCCUCAGAUGAGAGUGAGGCUUGUCGCUUUGAGAGUGACGGUGAAACCGCUGCCUUGGCACUUGCUUUGGCUUUAAUUUCCUGCUGGCUUUUAAGGGUGCCCUUUCUUUGGAAACAGACGUUGCCACUAGAGGGCGCAGCCAGCAUUGGUCCUCCGGCCAGACUGGGCCAGAGGUGGCGGAGGAGCCUGUGCAGGCCUUUCUCAAGAUGUGGGCUCCGGGCCGCGGGCAGCUGCAGGGUGCGCUGGUGGACAGCAGCAUGGCCACUGUCCCGGAGCGCUGUCGGAGUGUCAGCGUCUGCCAGUGUUGGUGGUGUGGCUCGCGAUUUUGACAGUCUUGAGGUUCGGGAUGGGUAGCAAGGAGCUCCGCAUGGGCGUUAUCCUUAACCCUUUUUGUUUAUGCCUUCCAAAGGAGCCCAUGCUUAUUUUUAAAAACUUAAAGAAAUAUGUGACUUAGAAUGUGACAACCUGAAGUUUCCAAUCUCAUGAUUCUUUUAAAGAGAUAUGUUUAUAGGAAAGGUAGAUUCGAAAUAAUUGACAAGAUUCUCAAAUUCUAGGGUUCAUUUUAUUUGUAAACAAAGUCAGUUUGGUUGUCCCCUCUCCUCCAUUAGGCCCGGGGACCAGGAACCGGUGUGCCGCUGAGUCCCCAGCCUGGAAACUGAAGGUUUGAGGAAGCGGAGAGGGGCCGCUGAGCUGGCCCGUCGCAUGCUUUGGGUUAUAGUUUUUGAGAAAUCGAAAUGUGCUUGCUUACCUGCUGGACACACAGCUAUUUGCCCAACAGCCAGUGUGGGGACCAAGUGACAUGGGUACAGAUGGUGAAUUUUUAAAAAACUGGCUUUUUUUUUUUUUUUUGAAGCUCUGGUUGUGAUAACAGUGGGUGAGAAGCAGGCGUCGAUGUUGGACCUCUGAGUUCAGACCCUGGCCGGGCCACCCGAACCUGUCCCUUCUUUAAGGUGGGGCAAAAGCUCUUUCCUUGGGGUCCCCGCGUGGGCUGUGCAUGAGGGUGGCUGCAAGAGGCGCAGCAGUAACUGCGCUGCAGCCGGUCUCCGGCUCCGUGGGAAGCUCGUGGAAGGCAGGGGCCACGGCCGUGUCCCUCACAGUCACGCAGGGACGAAGCAGACGCUUAAUGUUUGGGUCAGAGACCGUCUUACUCGUGCUGCCUCCAGGAGGGUUCACCUUAAAACUGCUCUUCCAGCCGAGUGUCCGGCUAAAGGGGUCGGGGGAGUAGAUUCCACACACCCCCCACCCCCACCCCCCGCUGCUCACCCGUCCUCCGCUUACUGCUUUUCCACUUGUACGAGCAGUUCGCACGUGAGGUCGCCGCCACGUGGAUAAUCUCUAGUGUUGCGAUGCCGACUCGUCUGGUAUUUUGCUCAGUUGCAUGUGUGAUAUUUUACAGAAUUGGUGUCCUGCUGUAGGUAUGGUUUUCUAUCCAGCUCUUCUACUUAACGUGAAAUCUAUCAUUAAAUAUUUUUGAGAAUGUGAA